GGUCAGGGGGGGAACAGCUUGUUCACAGGCUUUGGUUUGUUGGACAAAGCAAACUAAUCCAACCUGAUCCAUAGCAGACCAUCAGGUGAAAACAACCUGAAAGUCUGCAUGAAACACACCGGGCAACAUGCACUCCUCACAGGGAUGGUUGGCCUUUAAUCCGACCCAGAACCUGAACUUUUUCCUGCAGGUUUUUAUUCCCUGAAUAUUUAUCAGCCUCUGUGCUGAUGAGUGUCUGUAAAUGAGAGUGUGUGUGUGUGUGUGUGUGUGUGUGUGUGUGUGUGUGUGUGUGUGUGUGUGGAGGCGGAGCAGCAGCCGCUGUGAUCAGGCUGCGGCUCGGAUGAGAUGCUCGGAGCCUCAGGGGAGGUGGGGGAAGCCAGUCUUUGUCACGUCCACCCGGGCUCCGUGUUCAGGCGCUGAUCGCGCGGCUCUCAGCCCCACGUGAGGCUCCACGGCGGCGGACGCCCUGCAGCAGCUCUCUCCUCCACGGUCUCCGGUCCGGAUCGCUCCCCGGCUCUAACAAAGCCUUGCUCUCCGCGCGCACAGCUGCUGUCCGCUCCGGGUUGCACGGUCUUCGGGUGCUCCAGCGGCUCAACAAAUGCAGAAAAGGGAGCAAAGUUUCGGUAUACAAAUGCUCACCGUCCAGCCGGACACCAAGCCAAAAGGCUGUGCCGGCUGCAACCGGAAGAUCAAGGACCGCUACCUGCUGAAGGCUCUGGAUAAGUACUGGCAUGAGGACUGCCUGAAGUGCGCCUGCUGCGAGUGCAGGCUGGGUGAAGUGGGCUCCACUCUCUACACCAAAGCCAACCUCAUCCUGUGUCGGAGAGACUACCUCCG